UUCUUCUUUUUUUCUUCAAUUAAUAAAACAUGCGUAAAAGUUGCGAAAGGUACGAGGAAUGGAAAGCGGAACGAGCGUUGAAGACGAAAAUUGAGGAGAAGAAGAAAGAAAGGACGAGACGUAAGAAAUUAAAAAAGAUCGAAGAGGUGGAGGAGGACGAGGUGGACGAAUUUGGUAAGAUUCGAAAGUGUAAAAAAAGGAAGGAGGUAAAGAGGGAGAAGAAGAAGAAGCCGAGACAAAGAGUCAGGAGAAUUUACAAACACAUACCGGAAUCAGAAUUAAUCUUAGGAUGUAUAAAACCAUCCGUGGAAGUGAGGGAAUACUUCCUCAAUCCACGUCACAUUCCAUGCAUGGGUCUUACGAUACCUCCAAUGUACAUAUCGGAACCACCGCCGCGUAAGAUUUUGAUUUUAUUAUACAAUAUAUUCAACGUAUCUGACUCUUUUCCUAAACUCUCAAUGCGUUAUCCGUUUCUUUUUUUUUUUUUUUUUUUUGCGACAGCGAUAACUCGCAUGCCUGAUCGAAGAAAAAAACCGUACAUAACUGUUCUCAAAAAAUGGAAAAAAAUACCGGAAGAGUCGGAUUUAGACAGUUCAAGCGAAUCUAUCUGUUCCUUCGACAGUGAAAUAUGCCUUGCAGACGUGAAGUUGACAUCGAAGGAUUUCAAAAAGAUCAAGAAAUCUCAAGAGCAACGAUUCGAGGAAAUCGAAUGAAGAAGAAAAAUAAUUCUUUUUUUUCUCCCUUCGCUCCCAUUCCGAUUAUAGAAUCCGUAGGAAUAAUAGAAAUAUUCGCUUCGUUGGAAUAAGAACAAGGAUCAUCAAUCGUGCGGAAUUCGCGUGGGAAAAAAAAGUAAAUAAAAACGUAAUUCGCACGAGGAACUGCUCCGUUCAUCUCUGCCAACAUUCUGCAAGGAUUGUUCCACGAAUCAUUUAAUCCUACUAUGCGACGAAAGGUUAAGAAUAUAUUCAUUGCAUCCUUAGGCUGCGCUUAAUUAAUAACAAGGCUACAAGAUGGAAGAGAAGAUUACUUGUUAGAAGAUAAAAAAAAAUUAAUAAGAAACAGAAUUUUCCUAUUUGAAAAAGUU